AUGUUUGAUCAAAUUGAAAUCGAUAGCGACAAUGAAUCAGUAACUGAUUUUUUAAGUGAAGAUAAAUUUGUAGAAAAAUUAGAUAAGGAUAACUUUAACAGAAGUGAAUUUACAGAAAGUUAUUUAGGUAGGAAUAACUUCAUAAAGGAUAAUUAUCUAAACGAACUAGCAGAAAACUAUUUUAAUAAGGAUGAAUUAGUUGAGAAUUAUUAUGAGAAUGAAUCAGUUAAAGAUUAUUCUAAUACAAAUGAAUUGACUAGUAAUGAUAAUUGGCUAGAGAAUGAUAAAGAUAAGACGGAUAACCUUUAUGUUGGUAAACGAUUUGUAUUAUGGCAAGAAGUUAUAAUAUUCCUUAAUUAUUAUUGCAAGCAAAAAAGUGUAUAG